AUGGGAAAUCUCACUAUGGGAAAUCUCACUAUGGGAAAUUUCGCUAUGGGGAAUAUCACUAUGGGAAAUUGCGCUAUGGGAAAUUUCGCUAUGGGAAAUUUCGCUAUGGGAAAUCUUGCUAAGGGAAAUCUUACUACGUCGUGGAAGCCAGAUUUGAAAGAUGACUUCAAGUUCACUACGAGCGUGGAAGAACCGUCCUCGCCGGCGAGUCGUAUGUCCCCGAGUUUGCUCUAUGUGGAUGCGAUGAAAACGCCGAAUGAAAUCGCCGCCUUCGGGUUGCAAGAGCCGGCAGUUAUUCAUAUGACAUUCGAGCAUUGA